AUGACAGAGUCGCAAAUGUUCUCAUCUGUUCAUCCAGAGUCUCGUUUCAUAUCAGCUCAAGUUGGUGGAAAAGUGACAUUAAAAUGUUUCCAUGAUGGUGACAGGUCUGCAAGACUUUACUGGUUUAAGCAAAAUCUGGGACAAAAACCAAAGAUCAUCUCUCACUUUUUCAAAUAUAAUGUGAACAACUCUUCUAAUGAAGAGCUCAAGAACAACCCACGCUUCACACUGGAUACACAAGACGGCAAAUAUCACUUGACAAUCAAAGAUUUGCAAAUUUCAGACUCAGCUUCUUACUACUGUGUUUACUAUUUAUACACGUUAACCUUUUUAGAGAACAUCAUCAUCAGUGUAAAAGGUUCAGGUGUGAACAUCAAAGCUGUGGUGCAGCAGUCAGCAUCUGAGACCAUCCAGCCAGGAGGCUCCGUGACUCUGAACUGUACAGUACACACUGGGACCUGUGAUGGAGAGCACAGUGUUUACUGGUUCAAAGACUCAGACGAAUCCCAUCCUGGACUCAUUUACACACAUUUGGGCAGAAACGAUCAGUGUGAUAACAAACCCAGCACACAAACACACACCUGUGUCUACAGCUUGCCAAUGAGCAACUUGAGUGUUUCUCAUGCUGGGACCUACUACUGUGCUGUUACCUCAUGUGGACGCAUACUAUUUGGAAAUGGGACCAAGCUGGACUUUGGACAUAAUGUUGGUGUUUCUCUCUCGCUUUUCUGGACUGGCGCCUUUGCGUUCACCUCCAUCCUGAGUGUACUGGUGGCUUUCUUACAGUGUAUGAUGAGCAAAAGCUGUGGAUGUAAAUCUUCAGAGUCUCACACAAGAGCCUCCAAUGAAGAUGGAAAAGAUUUCCAAGAGGCAAAAAAGUUCUUGUUUGCUCCUUCAAGUGUCAAGCUGGAUAACAGGUCAAGAAGUCAGAGGGAUCAGACCUGGACUGAAUGUGUGUACUACAGUGUGAAGCUACAGCGAUACACAGAGCAGUAA